GGACCAAUGAACGGAGCAGUGAAAUCUGUGAUUAGCGGGAAACCGGCUGCUAUCGACGUCAACUAUUAAUUAUUGCGAUAGUGUACAUCUAUUCUGGCAUUUCCGAAAGAACUGUAUAUCGUAUAUUUUUAACGUGUUGCUACAAUGAGCCCGUGACAGUUAGGGAUAUUUGUCUUAAGACUGCUAUUUCUCCCUGGCACGCUAACGCCACUAGUUAGCUAGGUGUUCCCUUUGGCUAACAGCGAGUAGAGUGAGCAGGCAGAGUCACAGAGACAAAGGGCUGCUGCACCCACUGCAUGGAUAAAAAUGAGUGUGUUUAAUUUAGACCGGUUUCGUUAUGACAAAAAUGCAACGACUGCAACGAAGGACGUCCAGCAUACCGGGUCUAAAAGUCCAGAAUCAGAGAAAGAGAACAAACCAGCUCACAUGAAGACUGUUAAAGACCCUGCAAAGUCCCACGUCCGAGGGGUGGUUUUUGAAGAAGCCAUAAUUAUUGACUUGGAGGAGGACGAGCUCCUCUCGAAACCUAAUUCCAAAAUGUCUUUAACCAGCAAUUCCAGGUACCCUAUAGGGAAAUCACCUAAAAAACUGAUAAAAGAUGAUGCUGAUGAUGACAGUGAAAUGGAAGAUAAAAUGAGCACAUUAGUGGAGAUGUUUCCUCAGCUGACCAGGGAGGAGCUCCUGGAUGUAAUUGGAGCCACAAGCACGAUUGAUGGUGCUGUAGCUGUAUGCUUGUUAAAGUUUGGUGAUAAAGAAGCCACCGGCAAGAAGAGGAAGCAGGAAGACAGCAUCUGUUCCCAGGACAAUGAUCCAGUUCACCCCAACAAGAAGCGGAAACAGUUUGUGAUUUCAGAAGAGGAUGAAAAUGACGAUGAUAGUGAUGAAGGGACAGAGCCAUCCUGGGACAAGAAGGAGCUCAUGGUCAGGAGACUGGAGAUUAAUUUUCCUGACCAGGACAAGGAGGAGCUGCGGAUGGUGCUGGAGGAGCAUAAUUGGAAUGUUGAAGAAGCCCUUCAGGUCCUACAAAUGUUCUCAGACCCAGAUUCAAACUUGAACUCACUUGAGUCAAAGGAGAAUAAAUUGUGCGAAUUGAAGAGAAACGACCAGUCAUGCAGAGACCAGAGGGAGCCAGAGCACCACAAAUAUGGCGAUAGUACAUCUGGCAAUAAACUAAAGAAUGCCAAAGAUAAUGAACAUUUUAUGAAAGCAAAGGAGGAUAAUUCAGAUGAAACAGAGGACAGUGAAAACUGUUCAGACUCUGAAGAGGAUAAAGUGUCAAAAAGCAGUUCAUCACUGUGGUCUAGUAAACAUUCCGGUGCAACAUCUUCAUCUUCCUCUGCCCAGAUGUCAUCCAAGCUGUGCUCCUCUUCUUCUGCUGCCCAGAUGCUGUCCAGAUUUGCCAGUGGGACCAGUAUUGCUAAGAAACAGGCAGCAGAGAGGAAGCGCAAAGUGCAUACCUCUGGAGAACCUAUCAGUUCUGACGAUGAGGAUGAUGAUGAUGAUGAAGAUGAUGAGGAUGUUAGUAGUGAGUUUGAGUCGGAUGAGGACUGGAGCUCUGAAGGUGUGAUGUCAGAACUCAAGAAAGAGGUGCUCAGUUUCUUCCAGGAUGCUUCAAUAGAUGAGCUCACACUGAUUUCUGGGUGCUCUGUCAAAAAAGCACAGAAGAUUGUGGAACUUAGACCCUUUCAUACCUGGCAGAGCCUGGUUGAUGUCUUCCACAAGAAUAAUGGACUAUCAGAUGAUUUGGUGCUGGGCUGCAGAGUUGUCCUCAGAGAACGGAAGGUUGUGAAAAACCUCAUGUCCAAAUGUGAAACCAUUUCUCUGAGAAUGGUCAAACAAGUCACUGAGGUUAUGGAGAAGGGCAUUGAUUCCAUGAAAGCGCCCAGCAUACUCAAUAGUCAGUUUCAGUUGAAAACCUAUCAGCUGAUUGGUCUGAGGUGGCUGGUGCUUCUGCAUGAACAUAAACUCAGUGGUAUACUGGCUGAUGAAAUGGGUUUGGGCAAAACAAUCCAGGCCAUAGCUUUUCUGGCACAGCUUUACCAAGAUGGAAUAGGAGGUCCUCACCUCAUCACUGUGCCAUCCUCUACACUGGAUAACUGGGUCAGAGAGCUGAAGCUGUGGUGUCCAAGCCUCAGAACUUUAGUCUAUUAUGGGUCUGUGGAAGACCGUCGCUACCUCAGAUACGACAUCCUCAGGGAAGAUGUUGACUUUGAUGUCAUAGUGACUACGUAUAACUUGGCGAUAGGAAAUGACAAUGACCGCAGUCUUUUCCGCAAGCUACCACUGAAGUAUGCUGUAUUUGAUGAAGGACACAUGUUGAAGAAUAUGAACACUUUGCGCUACCGCCACCUUAUGGCGAUUAAUGCAGAACAUCGAUUGUUGCUGACAGGCACGCCAGUACAGAAUAACCUCUUGGAGCUGAUGUCUCUACUGAACUUUAUCAUGCCUUCUAUGUUUUCUCACACAACUAACCAGCUUUCCAAAAUGUUUUCUAUGAAAUCCUAUGAGGAGCAAAGCCGCUUUGAGAGGGAUCGUAUUUCUCAGGCAAAACUUAUAAUGAAGCCAUUUAUCCUGAGAAGAGUCAAGAGUGAAGUCCUCAAGCAGCUGCCAGCUAAGGAAGAGAAAAUAGAGUUCUGCUCAAUGAGUGAGAAACAGCAACGUCUCUAUGAGACACUCUUCAGUAAACUCAAGGCUUCCAGCAACAGCGAGAAACGAGAGUUGUGUAAUGUCAUGAUGCAGCUGAGGAAGAUGGCCAAUCACCCACUGCUGCAUAGACAGUACUACAGCACUGACAAAUUACAAGCCAUGAGCAAACUCAUGCUCAAGGAGCCAACUCAUGUUGAUGCCAAUGCUGCUCUGAUCCAGGAGGACAUGGAGGUGAUGUCAGACUUUGAGCUGCAUCGUCUGUGCCAGCAAUACUCUUCUAUCAAUUCCUACCAGCUGGAAAACAAUCUCCUACUUGACUCUGGGAAGUUCCACCACCUUACAGAGCUGCUGGCUUCUCUUAAAGAAAAAGGGGAUCGGGUGGUGUUAUUCAGUCAGUUCACCAUGAUGCUGGACAUUGUGGAAGUACUGCUGAAACACCUCAUGCAUGAUUACGUCAGAUUGGAUGGAUCCACGCCCAUAGCUGACAGGAUUGUGCUGAUUGAUAAGUUCAACAAUGAUCCCAACAUAUUUGUGUUCCUGUUGUCGACACGCGCUGGUGGCCUCGGCAUUAAUCUCACCUCAGCUAAUGUAGUCAUUCUACAUGACAUUGACUGUAAUCCCUACAACGACAAACAGGCUGAGGACAGAUGUCACCGUGUGGGCCAGUCAAGGACUGUGCGUGUGAUUAAGCUGAUCAGUAAGGACAGCAUAGAGGACUGCAUGCUGCAGCUUAGUCAGAAGAAACUCAAACUGGAGCAGGACAUGACAGCUGCUGAUGAGGGUGCUGAGGGGACUAUACCUGAAGAUAUGGCGUCUUUGCUCAAAGCAUCACUGGGACUGUGACACUUGAACACUUGUUGCUGUACAGUUGCAUUAUAAGUUAAAUUCCUUUGAAUCUGGUCAGACUUGAUUGCUGCAGACUGAAGACAUGUUUUGUGUCAGUGCUGGAAAGCCUCUGAAAACCACAUGCUGCCAUAGUGUAAAAAAAAGAAAAAAAAAAAGAUCUUUUUAUCGCCUAUGGCCUGGAUACUGUGCCUCAGAUUUUUUUUACAAGACUAUGUAUGACUGUUUUUUUUCCUCCUUCAUGCUUUAACAAGUAUUUUUAGGCAGAACAGCAAAGAUCUUUCACAUUUUUUUAAACAUCACCUGCUGUGAGGAUGUUAAACUGUACAAACAUUAAAUGUGUUGUGUAUAGUUCAUAGAAGUUGAAUAAGACUGUAACACCUGUUUUAAGUUCAUCUAGCCCAUUUAAUCCAUGAUGCUUUCUUCUCUUAAUCACAUUUAGAUGAAAUAUUGGUAUGGGCAAUAAUUGGAGUUAGGCCACACACAUCUUUUGACUGUCUUUGAUACUGGGGAAAGUAUUUUUCAUUCUCUUGUAGAAACAGAAUUUAUAGUCGUAGGCAGUUUUAAGAGUCUGUUAUCACUGGCCUCCUUGCACCUGCCUGCUCACAUACCAUGUGUUUAUUUUAAAUCUUUUUGCUUUUUGUCAUGAAAUUGUGUUUUGUGAUUGGAGAUUGGGUGGCACAGUAGCUUUGCGGUUAGCACAGUUGCCUUACGGCAAGAAAGUGCUGCAAUCGCUGGUCCUUUUCUGUGUGGAGUUUGCAUGUUGUCCCUGUGUUUGCAUGGGUUCCCUUCAAGUGGUCUAGCUUUCUCCCACAGCCAAAGACAUGCAAGUUAGGUAAAUUGAUGACUCUAAAUUGACUGUAGGUGUGAUUGUCUGCCUGUCUACAUGUGGCCUGCGAUAGACUGGCAUGCUGUCCUGGGUGUGCCCUGCCUCUUACCCAGUGAUACAGUGGAAUAGGCUCCAGCUCCUCCAUGACCCUUAAUUGGUAUAUAUGAGUAUAGAAAA